CCCCAAGGCUUCUUCAUUCCAGUAUCCUUUCUCUUCAAAAACAUGCAAGUGCCCUCAGCUUCAGUAUCGACACUCUUCUGACAGUAUGCUCUAGCUGAAACCGCAGCAACAAUGGCAAACCUAAGUACUCGUCUCGAUGCACUCCGCGCAACCAUCGAAAAGUUGAUGAGCAUCGGAGGUACCCCUGGGCUUUCUCUCGGUGUCAUGCAUCAGGGUAGACAGGUCUACUACGCAGCCUACGGCCACAGCGACGUUGAGAAAGGUCUGCCAAUCACGGACGAAACUGUGUUGCCUGUCUGUUCGAUGACGGAAGCAGUCACAUCAGCUGCUCUGGGAAUAUUAAUGGAAGAGAACAAGGCAAACUGGGACACGUUGAUCAAGGAUGCUCUUCCAUCUUUCAACAUCAACGACGAUAUCCUGCAGAACAAUCUCACCAUCACGGAUCUUCUGUGCCAUCGUUCUGGAAAGUCUUGGGGCGACAACUUAUUCGUCGGGACGGAAAACAACAUACUCAUUAGCGAGAAGGACUCGAUGAAAUACAUCAAUAGCCAGACGAGGCUCUUGCAUUUCUGUGGUCAACUCUCCUACAACAACAUGGGCUUCGAACUUGCGGGAAAGGUGAUCGAGGCUCUAAGUGGCCAGUCGUACUUCGACUUCCUCCAAACCCGCAUCUUCGAUCCUCUCGGCAUGGAUCGUACAUUCCUCCAAACACCCCCGUCGAGCCUUGAGGACAUCGGCACCACUUACAAUGCACUCGACGACGGUUGUUCGGUGCGCAUACCCGCCGUAAAGGCCGGAGAUGACUGGUUCGGAACGCCCAGCGCUGGUAUGCGAAGCUGUGUUGGCCAACUCGUCCUCGAAGAGUUCAUCCAAGCCCCGGACGUAGAGAGGAAUGACUAUCUCAAGGCAGCCGAAAGCUCGCGAGCCGAGAACCUCAAAUGGUAUCCUUCGCUCAUGCAUGAGUUGGCCCAAGAGCGGAAGUACGAUACAUCUGCAAAGCCCCUGGAGGAAUACGUUUGCACCUACUGGGACGCCAUUCACGUCUUCAAGAUCGACGUGGUCCUGAAAGAGGGCCAGCUAUACUGGCUGCUCCAAGGCCUGGAGUCGGAGAAGUUCCUUCUGAAUAACUAUGAAGAUGACUUGUUCACCUGGCUGCUACCGCGCAAUGAGCUCUCUAAGCGUGGACGAUGGGUCGGUGGAGACGAAGGUCCGGACUUCUGGAAGGCGGUGUUCAAGACAGGCGACGGCGGAAAGAUAGACAAGCUGUCCUGGUCACAUGAUAAUGGUAUUGCAGCCGUGGAAUACAAGAAAGGCUAGAUACAUGAUAGAAACCACCUUCAACUGCUACGGAGUUCAGGCCGCUAGAGCCCCAAUUGGUCGAUGCAGCCAAAGGAGGUUAUAGUCACGUGACAGACAGGUAAAGCUCGACUGAGUGGACUUCUAAUAUAUCAUCUUUCCGCCCAACUUUACUUGACCCUGUUUUCUACCAUCUUGAUAGCUGAAAAGCGCAUCCUGCAUCUGAAGAGCAACUAAGCUACAAAUUCGAAGCGCCAGCUGGCCAGCCAGAAUAGUUCCUAAUCUUCACCUCGCUUUACCUUACCUCACCAA